AUUUGUGUGUUUUCUGAGUCAGCAUUAGCUAAAUUUUCCAGAAGACCAUCCACAAAGUACAGCCUGGGCGUUCAAGGGACGUCACUCAUUUCCCCCAGUGACCUUGACAAGUCAGAAACUUGAAAGCAGGGAAAUCCGGAUGUCUCAGUUAUGAAGUGGAGCAGUGAGUGUGAGCCUCAGCAUAGUUCCAGAACUCUCCAUCCAGACUAGUGAUUGAGCAUCUGCCUCUCAUACCACCAGUGGCCAUCUGAGGUGUUUCCCUGGCUCUGAAGGGGUAGGCACGAUGGCCAGGUGCUUCACCCUGCUGUUGCUUCUCGCUUCCAUCUGGACCACGAGGCUCCUGGUCCAAGGCUCUUUGCAUGCAGAAGAGCUUUCCAUCCAGGUGUCAUGCAGAAUUAUGGGGAUCACCCUUGUGAGCAAAAAAGCAAACCCGCAGCUGAAUUUCACAGAAGCUAAGGAGGCCUGUAGGCUGCUGGGACUAACUUUGGCCAGCAAAGACCAAGUUGAAACAGCCUGGAAGGCUAGCUUUGAGACUUGCAGCUAUGGCUGGGUUGGAGAUGGAUUCGUGGUCAUCUCUAGGAUUAGCCCAAACCCCAAGUGUGGGAAAAAUGGGGUGAGUGUCCUGAUUUGGAAAGUUGCAGUGAACCGACAGUUUGCAGCCUAUUGUUACAACUCCUCUGAUACUUGGACUAACUCAUGCAUUCCAGAAAUUAUCACCAGCAAAGAUCCCAUAUUCAACACUCAAACUGCAACACACACAACAGAAUUUAUUGUCAGUGACAGUACCUACUCGGUGACGUCCCCUUACUCUACAACACCUGCCCCUACUACUACUCCUGCUCCAGCUUCCACUUCUAUUCCACGGAGAAAAAAAUUGAUUUGCGUUACAGAAGUUUUUAUGGAAACUAGCACCAUGUCUACAGAAACUGAACCAUUUGUUGAAAAUAAAGCAGCAUUCAAGAAUGAAGCUGCUGGGUUUGGAGGUGUCCCCACGGCUCUGCUAGUUCUUGCUCUCCUCUUUUUUGGUGCUGCAGCUGGUCUUGGAUUUUGCUAUGUCAAAAGGUAUGUGAAGGCCUUCCCUUUUACAAACAAGAAUCAGCAGAAGGAAAUGAUUGAAACCAAAGUAGUAAAGGAGGAGAAGACCGAUGAUAUCAACCCUAAUGAAGAAUCAAAGAAAACAGAUAAAAACCCAGAAGAGCCCAAGAGCCCAAGCAAAACUACCGUGCGAUGCCUGGAAGCUGAAGUUUAGAUGAGACAGAAAUGAGGAGACACACCUGAGGCUGGUUGCUUUCAUGAUCCUCACCCUGCCCCAGCUGAGGAAAUCAAAAGGGCCAAAGAACCAAAGAAGAAAGUCCACCCUUGGUUCCUUACUGGAAUCAGCUCAGGACUGCCGUUGGACUAUGGAGUGCACCAAAGAGAAUGCCCUACUUCUUAUUGCAACCCUGUCUGGAUCCUAUCCUCCUACCUCCAAAGCUUCCCAUGGCCUUUCUAGCCUGGCUAUGUCCUAAUAAUAUCCCACUGGGAGAAAGGAGUUUUGCAAAGUGCAAGGACCUAAAACAUCUCAUCAGUAUCCAGCGGUAAAAGGGCCUCCCGGCUGCCUGAGGCUAGGUGGGUUGAAAACCAAGGAGUCACUGAGACCAAGGCUUUCUCUACUGAUUCCACAGCUCAGACCCUUUCUUCAGCUGUGAAAGAGAAACACGUAUCCCACCUGGCAUGUCCUUCUGAGCCCAGUAAGAGCAAAAGAAUGACAGAAAAGUUUAGGUCCUGAAGGCCAUGGAGAUUCUCAUAACUUGAGACCUAAUCUCUGUAAAGCCAGAAUAAAGAAAGAAAUACAACAAGGCUGAGGAAACCGACAGAACACUGUCAUCAGGGACUGUAAACACAGACAGGGUCAAAGUGUUCUUCUCUGAACACACUGAGUUGGAAUCACUGUUUAGAACACACACACUUACUUUUUCUGGUCUCUACCACUGCUGAUACUUUCUCUAGGAAAUAUACUUUUAUAAGUAAUGAAAAUAAAAACUUUUAUAAAUUUCUAUUUUUAUCUGAGUUACAGAAAUGAUUACUGAGGAAAAUUACUCAGUAAUUUGUUUAAAAAGUAAUAAAAUUCAACAAACAUUUGCUGAAUAGCUACUAUAUGUCAAGUGCUGUGCAAGGUAUUACACUCUGUAAUUGAAUAUUAUUCAUCAAAAAAUUGCAUACAGUAGAAUGCUAUCUGGGAAGCUAUUGUUUUUUUCAGUUUUGAUAUCCCUAGCUUAUCUACUUCCAAACUAAUUUUUACUUUUGCUGAGGCUAAUCUUAUUCAUUUUCUCUAAUAUGGCAACCAUUAUAACCUCAAUUUAUUAUUAACAUACCCAAGAAGUACAUUGUUACCUCUAUAUACCAAAGCACAUUUUUAAAGUGCCAUUAACAAAUGUGUCACUAGCCCUCCUUUUUCCAGCAAGGAGGGCCUGAGAGAGGCAGAAAUAUUUGUGACAAAAAAUUAAAGCAUUUAGAAAA